GAUGUGUACGUUAUAUAAAUGUUGAGAAAUCUGUGAAAUUUUGUCGAAAUGGUGCAAUAUCGUGCAACGCGAAGUGAAGAAUUCAUUUUACCCCGACUUGUGGGGAUGCUAAAUUCGCGUAAAGUGAUGUGCCGUAUAAAAUUAAAACAUAAAGAAUGCGGAGGUCAGCCGCUCCAAGUCAGUUGGCAGGAAAUGCAGCAAAAAAGCAAAGGUUUAUUCCUCCUGCAGUUCUAAAUUCAAACCUUGAAUCUGAACUGAUGCCACUUAAAAAAACUCUCCUUGCACAGCCUCAUCCUGAUGCGGACAGCACUUUGGUAAGCCCAGAGUCAUCCAGGAUCCUUAAUUCUGCUUCCAGUUUAACCAGUGUGAGCAAUCCAGAGGGUAAUUCUGCUGGAUAUUGCAAAGAAGAAGGAAAGGGAAUUGAUUCAGGGUCUUUUGUGGGUGAUGCACUCAAAAUUACAAAAACUCCAGAGAUUACUAGCAAAUUCCUAAUUAAGAAUACAUCUAAUAGCCCCACGAUACAAAGUAACAUUCUCGAAAGACACAGUAAGGAGGCACCUGUCCCCAAGUUCUUCAGAGUUGUAUGGUGUAAAGCGUCAAGGAAAAAGCAUAAGAAAUGGGAAGGAGAUGGAGUUCUGAUAACCAAAGGAAGGUCUGCUAUAUUGAAGGAUUUAGAAGGCAAGGACAUUGGAAGAGGGACUGGAUACAAAUCUGCAAUGUUAGAAAGCCUUACUGAAAGUCAUACUUUGAUGGUUGGUGGGAAGGAGGUAGAAGUCAUGAGUGUUAUAUUACCAGAAGAUUUUAAAAGUGGCCGAUGCUUUCUUACAGUUCCCAGUGAAACAAGUGUUCUUCCUGAUGAAAAUGUUCAUCAGGCAAUACAUAAACCAUUCUCUAAUCCUCUUAAAAAUCUGUCCAAGGAAAUUUGCCAACUACAGAAGGCUAGAGACAUGAGCUGCAAGCCACGCCAUAGUCCCGAUUCCCCUGGUGCAUUAGUCAUGCCACGACCCAACUUAAAUCAUCAACUGCAGUAUAACAAAUUGGGAUUGCCAGUAGUAGAUGUGGUUGUGGAUCCUUAUCUUUCUCCCCAUCUAAGACAACAUCAAAGAGAUGGCAUGAUCUUUCUUUAUGAAUGUAUGCUGGGUAUGAGAGUAAGUGGAAGGUUUGGUGCAAUCCUUGCUGAUGAAAUGGGACUGGGCAAGACUUUGCAGUGUAUUUCUCUUAUAUGGACACUCCUUCGUCAAGGACCUUAUGGUGCAAAACCAGUCAUUAAGCGUGUACUUAUUGUGACACCAGGCAGUCUUGUGAAAAAUUGGAGUAGAGAGUUUCAGAAGUGGCUGGGGAAAGAGCGUAUCAAUGUGUUUGCAGUGGAUCAGGACCACAAAAUCGAAGAAUUUAUCAAUUCUCCAUUACACCCCAUCCUACUAAUUAGCUAUGAAAUGAUGCUACGAUGUUUAGAGCAAAUAAUGACUGUCAGCUUCAGCUUGAUCAUUUGCGAUGAAGGACACCGUUUGAAGAAUAGUAAUAUCAAAACAUCUUAUGCACUUACUAGCAUGCCUUGUGAAAGGAGGAUAAUUCUUACAGGCACUCCAGUUCAGAAUGAUCUGCAAGAAUUCUAUGCUAUAAUUGAAUUUGUUAACCCAGGCAUUCUUGGGUCUUCCAGUACCUACAGAAAAAUUUAUGAAGAACCUAUUUUAAAGUCUCGACAACCAUCAGCAACUACGGAGGAAAAGCGCCUUGGCAACGAAAGGGCUUCAGAGCUCGUACGCAUCACAGGAUUCUUUACAUUACGCCGGACACAAGAGAUAAUUAAUAGCUAUCUGCCUCCGAAAGUGGAAUGGGUAUUGUUCUGUCAACCUUCUCCAUUGCAGUUGGAAGUCUACCGAGCACUGCUGGCAUCCCAUACUGUCAGAUCUUUGCUUCAGGGUGAUCUUGAGAACAGUCCACAUUUGGUCUGUAUUGGGGCACUUAAAAAGCUAUGCAAUCAUCCUGCUUUGCUUUAUACUACCAUAAAGGAAAGAGAAGCAUAUCCUAGUUUAGAUUGUGAAAGCAAACUGUAUGAGGGUUUGUCUGACCUUUUUCCAGAAGAAUAUGUGAAUGGUGGAUACAAGAUCACUGACAGCAGCAAGCUACAUGUACUACUAAAUCUCCUUCUUGCUAUUCGAGAUUUGAGCCCCACAGAAAGAGUUGUACUUGUAUCAAAUUACACUCAAACUCUGGACAUGCUGGAGAAAAUUUGCAAGGAAUUUGGUUACAAGUACUCACGCCUGGAUGGACAAACACCUGUGUCUCAAAGACAACAAAUUGUUGAAAAUUUCAACAGCAACUAUACCACUGAUUUUGUGUUUCUACUGAGCUCAAAAGCAGGUGGGGUUGGGUUAAAUCUAGUUGGAGCAUCACAUUUGAUACUGUAUGAUAUUGACUGGAAUCCUGCCAAUGACAUUCAGGCAAUGGCCAGAGUUUGGAGAGAUGGACAAAAGAAUACAGUUCACAUUUACCGUUUUCUAACAACAGGUACAAUUGAAGAAAAGAUGUAUCAGAGGCAAGUAAGCAAACAGGGCCUCUCUGGAACUGUUGUGGACAUGAUGAAAAAGACCGAUCACACUAUAUUUUCUGCAGAAGACCUCAAAAAUCUUUUUAUGCUUCACUGUGACUCAGAAUGCAUAACGCAUGACUUACUCAACUGCAAAUGUGAAUCAGGAGAAACUUCCAAAGCAUCUUCUACAGAUGUAAAACCAGUGAUGCAGAGAAGAUGUCAGUUGGGUCGGGAUUCUGAAUCUUCGCAGAAACUUCUGUCAAUGUCAGAACUUAUGCAGUGGAAACACUUCUCAGGAACAACUGCCAGCUUCACAGAUCCUUUUGUUGAAAGGGUUAGAAAACAAAUAACAUUUGCUUUUCAAAAUAAGACGGAACCUAAAAUGUUUAUGGACCAAUAGAUGUAAAGAAAAUAUGAAAAAAUUGUAGUCAGUUUUUGAAAUCAAGCUACUAUUUUGCAAACUGAAAGAUUUAUUGGUCUUUUGCAGUUUUUAUAGCACAUAUUAUAGGUUAUUCAUUGUUUUUAAUAAACAAAGAAAUUUUUCAGAAUGACUAUGAAUAACAUGGAUCGCAGGUCUUUCUCAAAUAAUUAUUAUUUUGCUUUUCUGAUAGAAUACAAUAAUAGCCUAAAUUCUGGGCUUUUGUAAUAGAUCUCCAUUCUUCAUAUGUAGAUGCCUCUUUGCUUUCUUUAUUUAAAAAGAUCCUUUUCAAUUUGUUGUGAAUUUUACAAUCAAUGUAAAGUUACAGGAGUUUAUAAAAUAUGUAUUAAAUAACUAUAUGUUGAUUAUUGUAGUUUACAUUUAAAUUUGUUUUAUAAAAUGAUUGUAGAUUGCAUAUUAAAGUUGUCAUUUUCUCACAAAAAAUAUUUACUUAUGCCAUAAUUUGUAAAUGGACUCAACUAAAUGUUAGUAGAGUGUGUCUGAUCGUUUAGAUUUUUUUCCAGCUAAGAACAGUUGUUUGUGAGUUAUCAAUAAACAAGUACUUUUGCACUUUUUAAAUUAUAA